UGUUAUUUUUCCAAAGUGUGUUGGAAAUUAGGCGUAGAUAUUUUUAUGCGGAUGUCUCAGUCUGUUGAGUUUGAGCCAAGGUUUGAGCUGAGUUGGAGUCGCAUAAGUAGGUAGUCUGAAGCUGGUUGCUGCAAUUAAAUGAUGUCUAAGCCAUUUGCUGGUAGUUGUUAAGGGACUAAGUUGUGUGCUCCAACCUGUGCUCAAACUGAGAGAUGAUGCACCGACAAGUGGGCGGCGGGAAGCGGAUUCGGAUGGACGAGGGUCCUCCGACCGACUAUGAGGCGCCGCCCAUGACUCCGUACAGUGAGAUGGACCCGGCGACGCCCUACUCGGUGCCGGCCACGCCCUACAGUCACAUGGAGCAGACGCCAGUGCACCAGCCUCAGUACCAGGGCGUCGACUAUGCGGCUCAGCAGCAUUACCAGCAGCAGGGUUACGAGGCGGCGACGUUCGACGCCCAGCAGCACUACCAGCAGCAGCAGCAGCAGCAGCUCCUGCUGCACCAGCAGCAGCUGCAGCAGCAGGCGGCUGUGCAGCAACAGCAGAUGUACGCAGCUGCUGAACUGGAGCAGCAGCAACAGCAACAACAACAGCAGCUCCAACAGCAGCAGCAGCAGCUCCAGCAGCAGCAGCAGCAGCAGCAGCAGCAGGCGGCGCAGGAGGAGCAGCAGGCGCCGAUGCUGUCUCCGGAGCCGCCCCAGCAGCAGCAGUACGAACCGAUUCCGCCCAUCACCAUAUCGAUGACUCGCCGCGGCAGAGGACGAUCGGCGGUGAUCAAGCGUCCCGCCGAGCCGGCCGCCGAGCCUAUGAUGCUCGAUGACGGCCCGCCGGGGAAGCGUACCCGGGCCGGUCGCGCCGGCCGCGGCCGCGCUCACGAGCACGGAGUCGGUGACGAGGAGCCCAGUCUGUACAAAAUCGUCAAGGAAGGCCGUUCACUGCUUCAGACCGUAGUAGACGAGUGGAUCGACCAGUACAAGGUGAACCGCAACGUGGCGCUGCUGGCACUCAACCAGUUCUUCAUCACCGCCUCUGGCUGCAAGGGCGUCAUCACCGCCAAGAUGCAGCAGACCAUGGAGGACGUGGCCAUCAUCAGAAAGAUGACAGAGGAGUUCGACGAGGAAUCUGGCGAGUACCCGCUGAUCCAGACGGGCCAGCAGUGGAAGAAGUUCCGCGCCAACUUCUGCGACUUUGUGGGCACGCUGGUGAAGCAAUGUCAGUACAGCAUCAUCUACGAUCAGCAUCUGAUGGAUAACGUCAUCUCGUUCCUGACCGGGCUGACCGACUCGCAGGUCCGCGCCUUUCGGCACACCGCUACACUGGCAGCGAUGAAGCUGAUGACGGCACUGGUGAACGUGGCCCUCACCGUCUCCAUUAACCUGGAGAAUACCCAGCGACAGUACGAGGUGGAGCGACAGAAGUCGCGGGAGAAGCGCGCCCCCGACCGUCUGGAGCAGCUCAUGUCCAAGCGCCAGGAGCUCGAGGAGAACAUGGACGAGAUCAAGAACAUGCUGACCUACAUGUUCAAGUCGGUGUUUGUCCAUCGGUACAGGGACACGUUACCCGAGAUCCGCAGUAUCUGUAUGGCCGAGAUAGGCAUCUGGAUGAAGAAGUUCCACCAAAACUUCCUGGACGAUUCGUACCUCAAGUACAUCGGCUGGACGCUGCACGACAAGGUCGGAGACGUCCGACUCAAGUGCCUUCAGGCGUUGCAGCCGCUCUACUCGUCCGAGGAGCUGAAGGGAAAGCUGGAGCUCUUCACCUCCAAGUUCAAGGACCGCAUCGUGGCAAUGACGAUGGACAAGGAGUUCGACGUGGCCGUGCAGGCCGUCAAGCUGGUCAUCAGCAUCCUCAAAUACCACCGCGACAUCCUCUCAGACAAGGACUGCGAGCACGUGUACGAGCUGGUCUACUCGUCUCACCGGGCCGUGGCGCAGGCGGCCGGCGAGUUCCUCAACGAGCGACUCUUCAUACCGUUCAUCCCUGACGAGGUGCCCCCGGACAGCCUGCGCACCAAGCGCGGAAAGCGGCGCCGGCCAAACACGCCGCUCAUCAGGGAUCUGGUGCAGUUCUUCAUCGAGUCGGAGCUGCACGAGCACGGCGCCUAUCUGGUGGACAGCCUGAUCGAGUCGAACGCCAUGAUCAAGGACUGGGAGUGUAUGACCGACCUGCUGAUCGAGGAGCCCGGUGCCAUGGAGGAGCCGCUCGACGACAGGCAGGAGAACUCGCUCAUCGAGAUCAUGGUGUGCGCCAUCAAACAGUCGGCCACCGGCGAGCCUCCGGUGGGCCGCGGACCCAUCCGCAAGGUGCUCUCGGCGCGCGAGGCCAAGCAGGUGUUCGAUGACCGGGCCAAGCUGACUGAGCACUUCAUCACGACGCUGCCCACGCUGCUGGCCAAGUACAUCGCCGACCCGGAGAAGGUGGCCAAUCUGAUGACCAUCCCGCAGUACUUUGAGCUGGAGAUCUACACCACGUCGCGGCAGGAGAAGAACCUGGACGGCCUUCUGAAGCUGUGUCAGGAGAUAGUCGACAAGCACACGGACCGUGACGUGCUGGACACGUGUGCCAAGACGCUGGAGCUGCUGUGCCAGGAGAACAACGCUAUCCACAGCCGGUGCAACGUGGCGCGCGGCACCGUGAUCGACAUGAUCGUCAACAAGUACAAGGAGGCGAUGGACGACUACAGCUCGCUGGUGGCUGGGGAGGAGGAGCCAAACGAGGACGAGAUAUUCGCGCUGACGAGCAGUCUGAAGAAGGUGGCCAUCUUCUCGUCGUGCCAUAACCUGGGCCUGUGGAACAUCUGGGACGGCCUGUUCAGGAUCGUCGAGGAGGCCAAGGACGGCUCGUCCACACUGCCCGAGGAGGCGACGCGCCACUGCAUCUCUGCGUGCAUGUUCGGCAUCAUGUGGGACCUGCACCACGUGGAGGAGACGUCCGAUUCUCUGAGCACCAACAGUCAGGAGGUGGAGACGCUGCAGCGCCGACUGGCCGCCUACAUGGAGACGGCGCAGCAGCUGGUCUCCAGCAGUCCCGUCAACCAGUUCAGGGAGGAGUCUUACAUCUCCAUCUGCGACCUGCUGAUCGUAUUCUCCAGCCAGCUGGCAUCGAACGCGCACCUCAAGUCGCUGGUCUACACUCCCGACCGCACCAUGCAGGGCAUGCUCAACGACUUCAUACAGACCUACGUCUUCGUCGACGAUGAUGACGAGGAGCAGGACGAGCACACCAAGAUUGAGGAGCUGCACAAGAGGCGCAACUUCCUCGCCUCGUUCUGCAAACUCAUUGUCUACAACGUGAUGCCAACCAAGGCGGCCGCCGACGUCUUCAAGCACUACGUUCGGUUCUACAACAACUACGGUGACAUCAUCAAGGCCACGCUGGGCAAGGCGCGCGAGAUCAACAAGGUGAACUGCGCGCGCACCAUGGCGCUCUCGCUGCAGACGCUGUUCGAGUCUCUCACCAGCCACCCGCAGGCGCGCAUCAACCGCGCAGGAGACGAGUUCAUCUCGCUCAAGGAAUUGGCCAAGCGGUUCGCACUAUCAUUCGGUCUGGACGCGCUCAAGAACCGCGAGGCCAUCACGUCUCUGCACCGCGAGGGGAUCCGUUUCGCCGUGGACCCUCUGGAGAACCCGGCCGACCCGACCGGGCCGCCGCCCAACAUUGCCUUCCUGGAGGUCAUGGUGGAGUUCACCAACAAGCUGCUCCGACAGGACAAGCGCCUCGUGCUCAACUACCUGGACCGUCGGAUCGCGGCGGGUAUGCCGUCGUCUCGUGGUGAGGACUGGCAACCGCUGCUCAUGUACCGCAACUCGCUACUGCAGGGCGAGACAGACCAGCCGAUCGUCACCAGCAAGCGCGCCUACACCCGCCGCCGCCGCGACGACGAGCCGCUGCCGGCCGAACGGUCGCCGAUCCGGCGCAGCGGCAGACUCAGGGCUGGCAGCCACUUCUUCGCCGAGUUGGAUGAUGAGGAGGAGGGAGGAUCCGAGGCCGACUUCCAACAAGGCCGGCGACGGCGGCGCAGCACGUCGGCGGGUCGUAGGACGCCGUCCGCCGGCGGGCGUACUCCUAAACGACGGAAAGUCAGUCUGGACGUUCGUGUAACGCCGCAGCGCCGCGGCGCCGGCCGCCGCCGGUCGGCGGGCACCCCGGAGCUCUCGGCCCGACUGCGAGCCGUCGCCCUGCGCGGCUCGGCCAGUCCACGCGGCGUGGGCGCCAGUCCGGCCCGGUCCCUGACGGCCGCACAGUCGCAGAUCAUUGAGAUGUUUGAGUCGACUGAGGAGAUGAGCACACCGCACCUGGCCGGUCGGUUCACCUCGACUCCUGCCGACGGCGGACCGUCGGGCGCGGUCCGCGAGCACCUGCACCGCCCGUCCCGCCGGGUGGGUUCCUAUCUGGAGGCGUGGACCGAGGCGGACUGAGCUGGCACACCGGACUGCGGCGGCAGGACAGAGCAGAGGAGGUGGGAGAGUGGAGCUGGAGGUGGAGGAUGUCACAUACUGGAUAGGAGGGCGGCGUACAGAUGGCGACUCUGAUUACACCUUGCCAUGACUGCACAAACAAACAUUUCGAGAGGUGGAUAUUAUUCGCAUAUAUUGAGACCGUUUCUUGAAGGUAGCCGAGAAUUGAAGUCGGACUAAUUGAUGUCACAGCAAGGUGCUGUGAUGUUUGCGCUGUUGCUGGAUUUUCAUUCUUGAGUUGUGCUGAAGGACCUGUAUUGUGUAGAUAUCAUCUCAGGAGAGUAGUAGGACAUCCACUGCAAGCUCAAGCUCAAGGCUGUCUAGGAUAAGACCGUCAACUCGAAAUAGCGGCCAUUCCACAGAUAUCCUCGAAAGAAACCCGUGGCUGUGGUUGAAGUAUCGUUUUAUACCACCGUUUCAAUAAAGAUUAUUUGUUCGUUUUCA